UCUGCAAUGAUUGCAAAAUUUGUUGCAAAAAAUUCUGAAAAAGUUGCAAAUUCAAGUGAUGAAAGUGCUGGUUUUAAUGAAGGGGAAAAGCCAGAUGAUUUUGAUAAUGUUUCCAGUCCUAUUUCUGAUGAUUCUAAGGAUUGUGGAAAUGAUUCAGCUGAAGAGUCUGAUGGUAGUAAGGGUGUUGAGAAGGAUUUAAAUGAAAAUUUUGAUGCUGUUUAUUCUGGGUUGGAGUUGUCAAAUGUUGUGGGUGGAGAUAAGGAUUUUACAAACAAGCCUGAGUUCAGUUCAGUUGGUUUAAGUUUUGAAGAAGUAUAUGUUGAUCCAGAGAUUUUGAGUGUUAUUGAUAGAACUGUUCAGUAUGCAGAAGGAGAAAAGAAAUUUACCGGGAGUAAGGAUGAUUGGAAGGUUGUGAUGGUUGGUGAUGAUGAUGAGGUUCCUGUUGCUAUUGAAAAGAGGGAGCCUAAACCUAGUACUCAUGUCAAGUCUCCUUUUGUUACUGAGUUUGGUUCUUCUGAUGUUAAAGAAACUGUGAAGAGGAAGGGAGUGGAAGUGGUGAUUGUUAGAGGAUUGGUUCCAUUUGAAAAUGAAAUAGGGCAGAAUGUUUCAAAGAAUGAUUGCUUGGAUUAUAUUUCUUGGAUUGAGGAUAAAAUGAAUUUUAAGAAUAAGUAUGUUUUUUUUAUAUUUUCUUUAAUAUUAUUAUUCUUGAUAUUUAAUUGUUUGUUAAUAUAUAUAUUUUUUUUGUUUUGAAGGAAGAAGAAAUUUUCUGAUGUCAAUAACAUUAUCAAUCCCCCAAUGGAUUAUUCAUUUGUUAAAAUUUCUGAGAAAAUGUGGUUUUACAAGCUUCAAACUUGUGGGGAGGAGCUUAUGGACACUGUAAGUAACCAGGUUCUUGUUAUAAUGUUUAUUUAGUAGUAUUUGUUUGUUUAGAUUUUUUUUUUUUUU